AUGACUCGUAACAACCUUGCUGAGCAUUUGUCCUGGCUGUUGAACGAUCAAGCCCGCUCCAAACCUGCAACACCAUCUUUUCCAGUUUGCAGCGACUCUUCCCAGGCUGGCCUUUCCCAAUCCCAGCACUCAGACUCCCAAGUACGACAAACCUCGCAGCCUGUUACAUCUGUUGGUAUUGGGGACGAUCCCCAGUCGACAAGGGACGCGCCCAAUGGAUGGGUUGCACUGGACCGAAGAUCACGGCAGACGGACCCGGUGAUAUUGGACGGCAACGACGACGAAGACACAAUGGGACGCCUCGUUACGAGCUCUAAAGCCAAGAAGCCCAGCCUUGUCUCAAGACCACAGCAAAUUCUCACUCCAACGUCCAUUACUCCGAAUUUUUCAAGCCGACAAGACACCCCCGUCAAUCGAUCUAAUGAGUCGCCACCCAAGAAAACGCCAGCUCCAGCCCCAGCCCGACUAUGCACGAGCAGCCCUGAGUUCCCAGAACUCAAGACAGGUGGUGUUGAUUAUAUGGACUUGACCGAUGAUACUUUUGCUUCUUCCGAUUCAUUGUCUUUCGGUAGUGACGUAAAGCUGUGGCGCGAAGACUAUGCGACUCGACCGGAACCAGAGCCAGCUGUUUCAAGUGGCAGGAAAAGAAAGAGCAACGAGAUGACAAAGGAGGAAUUUAGUGACCUGGGCGAUAUUCCCGAUGUCUACGAACUACUUGGCACCGAGCCUCCACCCCCCAGUCCGACUCGAUCUGCCCGACGAAAGAAUGGGACGCUAAGUACUCGAACUCGACGAACACGCGAUGGCUUCACCAAUCCCCCACCAACCGUCAUCUCGCCGAUCGGAGAGGAAGACAACGAACUCUUGCUAUCGCCUUCAAGAAAAGUUCGCAGCCAACUCACCCGUGAACCAUCACCUCAGAGAACUCUGCCAAUAAUCAGUGCCAGCCAAAGCCCCAAUAAAGCUACACCCCCUUUGAAAGCACCUGCCAGUUCUGGAAAUUCCAAGCCAGUUCUUGGAGCACUGUCUCCUCAACGAGACGCGGAUCUCGGGGGAGAUGAGCUGGUUAUCCCUGACUCCGACGAUGAGUUCCUUACACCACCUUCUCGCCAUGGCUCUCGAACGAUUAUGGAGAGUUUAGCCAACAAAGAGUUUGUCGAACCCCAGAAACAAGAGCCGCCCGUACCCAGCGCUAGCGUUGAUAUUCAUUCAAAUUCGCAGCGUCAAAUCUCUUCUGGUUCAACUGUUCUAGGCAGACCAGCAGACAUGUCAAGUAGCUCACAGUCUACUAGACUGGUUGUUGAUGACUCUGCUCUCGACACUCUCGGCGAGGCCUUAUCCCAUUCGCCUCAAGAGCCGGCUCUUCUCAAGCAGCUAGCUACUGACCCCUCGGUCGUGACGAAAUGGGGAGGGUUUAUUGACAGGCUCAUUCAGGAAAAUGGAAAGAAGUUUAGCCAAGCCAUAAAUGAACGUUGGUCUAAGCCGCAACGUGCAGAGGUCAAAGCGGAAAAGGAGCGUCUAAAACGGCAACAAGCAGCUAUUGCUGAACUCGCCGGCCCGAUUGAGGAUUACCGAGUAUUGGAUGAGAAACGAGAUCGGUUGGCUCAGAAGAUUGAACAAGCCUAUGCAGAAAGUCUCGACACAGACGAGGACGAAGUUCGACUCGAUGAUCUUACUGACGAAAUCCAAGAAACCGAGGAUGGGCUGCUCAAGAUCAUCCGCAAUGCCAGGCUAGACGUCGAUGGGUUUCUGGAGACUCUUCAAAAACCAUCACAUGUCUCCACACCUGCACCAGUUGUUGUACUGGGCACUCAGCCUGUGUUUCAAAGUAGUGUCAACAUGUCUGUGCCUUUGCGAGAGGCGAUUUCGGCUAGUCAGAUGGGCACACAAGUGGUGCACCAGACUCAACUACCCAGAACAUCGGCCUGGAAUCCCACGGCCUCAAGAAUUGAAGCGUCACAGGACAUGAGUGUUCUUUCACAGGAGGAGGAUGAUAUUUCUGCUGCCCCCUUUCCAAGAGACUCUGCAAGAGCCCCUAGAACAUCUUACCAAUCAAAGGCAACAACGGACCCUAUGUUUAUGGACCACAUCCCUAUAGAAGCCGAGUUUGAUGGUCUGUCAGACCUAGAAUAUAUGCAACCCCCACCACGGCCCAGGCCUGUGAACAACUCAGCAUAUCCAAGCAGCAGUCGCAGAACGCCUCAAGCAAAACAUCACCGAACGGUCGAAGAAUUUAGUGACUUCAGCGAUGAUGAGGAGAUGCUUGCUUUUGCGCAGGACUACGAGACCCGCCAGUCGCUGGCUCCCGACUCACAAGACUUCCGGCAAAUAUUUUCGGAGACGUCUGGCAAUACAUUGCCAUCUGGAAAGUCACGGUCCUUAUCUAAGAAGCCUUUGCAUUCGGCGACACCAGAAGCAAUUCCUUUGCAGCUAAUGAAGUAUCCAUGGUCUCCCGAAGUCCAGAGAAUGCUUAAAGACAGAUUUAGGAUGAAGGGUUUCCGUUGCAACCAGCUCGAAGCCAUCAAUGCCACACUGGGAGGUAAAGAUGCUUUCGUUCUAAUGCCGACAGGUGGUGGCAAAUCGCUGUGCUACCAAUUGCCAGCUGUUGUCAAAACGGGCAAGACCCGUGGUGUCACUAUUGUCGUAUCACCCCUGCUCAGCUUAAUGCAGGACCAAGUCGAUCACAUGAAAGCUCUGGGGAUACAAGCCGUCGCGUUCAACGGCGAAUGUUCAGCUGAAUACAAGAGGCAAGUGAUGAGUGCUUUCAACGAACGAAGUCCGGAACACUUUCUCGAACUUUUGUACGUUACUCCAGAGAUGGUGAGCAAGAACGCCAAUUUCAACAAUGGACUGCAAACACUUCAUCGCAAAGGCAAAUUCGCUCGCCUUGUCAUUGACGAAGCCCAUUGUGUCAGUCAAUGGGGCCAUGAUUUCAGACCAGAUUAUAAGAUACUUGGCCAAGUACGCCAAAAGUACCCAGGGGUGCCUGUCAUGGCAUUGACAGCUACUGCGACAAAAAACGUCAUUGUUGAUAUCAGGCACAAUCUUGGAAUGGACGACUGCCAGACCUUCUCACAGAGUUUUAACCGUCCGAAUCUGUACUACGAGGUCCGGCCUAAAUCAACUGGCGAAAAAACCAUUGAAAGCAUCGCGUCACUUAUUCAGUCCAAUUACGCUAACAAGAGUGGGAUUGUUUACACAAUCUCAAGAAAGAGUGCUGAAAAAGUGGCCGAGAGUCUCUCGGACAGCGGAAUUACGGCUAGGCAUUACCACGCAGGUUGCGACCCUCAAGAAAAGGUUGAUGUGCAAAAUGCCUGGCAAAGAGGCCAAGUCAAAGUUGUUGUCGCAACAAUUGCCUUCGGGAUGGGUAUUGACAAGCCUGACGUCAGAUUUGUCAUACAUCACGGAAUCCCAAAGAGUUUGGAGGGCUACUACCAGGAGACGGGUCGUGCAGGCAGAGACGGAAACCCUUCGGACUGUAUUCUUUUUUAUGGUAAAGCGGACAUAAGAGUCCUAAAGAAGCUGAUUGCAGAUGGAGACGGUAGCCAUGAGCAGAAAGAGCGUCAGAUGUCGAUGCUAAACAGGGUCACAGCAUUCUGCGACAACAAGUCUGAUUGUCGGCGAACCGAGAUUCUUCGUUAUUUUGGCGAAGAUUUCUCCCCCGCGGAAUGCCACAAGAGUUGCGAUAACUGCAAAGCUGGAUUGACUUUCGAGCAACAAGACUUUUCAGAAUACGCCAUUGCUGCUAUCAAGGUUAUACAGGCCCAGCAUCGUAUCACAGCAGUACAGUGCUCUGACAUUCUUUUGGGGAAAAAGUAUCCCCAAAAUGAAGCAGAACUAUCCGAGGAGUGGCACGGCAUGGCGAAGGGGCUGAAGAAGCACGAGCUUAUCCGAGUGAUAGACAAAUUAUCCGCCGAGAAGGCUUUCAAUGAGGACAACCAGGUCGGUCGGCACGGCAUGGCGAUUCAGUACUUACGCCUCGGACCAACCCACCGACUUUUUCUUUCGGGUCAGCGCAAGCUGAUGCUGUCUAUUCAAGUACCAGAGCCAGGUGCACCAAAAAAGGCAACCAAAUCUCGAGCUAAGAAGGGCAAGGCACCUGCUGAGGAAGAAGUCUCAAACAUGCCAUCGACAUACGUCUCUUCGCCCGUGGGUCGUCAAAAGAACAAGCCACGAGCAAUGGCGAGUGACCUUGGGAACAAUGCGAGUGCAUCAUACUCGUGGCAAGAUGCAGGAUUUGUGGUUGACGACGAGUACGAUGACGACGACGCAUUCGAUGAGCUCCCGCAGCAUCGACCGGCGAGACCAUCGUCUCGCACCCCAGGCCCCCCUAUAUCGGUUGAUACCGGCUUGGAAAAUCUAGAUGAGAUACACCGAGACAUGGUCGAAGGUUUCGUCUACGAAGCAAGACAGGCAGAGGAAAAGAUUCGCAACCAAAAGAGCCUGAGGAAGCCGCUCUUCACGGAAAAAGACUUUCGGAUUAUGGCUAUCCAAUGGACCACUACAAUUGAGAAGAUGCGUAGGAUCCCCGGCAUCGACCCCGACAAAGUUCAGGAAUACGGACCCAAGAUCAUUCGCAUAUUGCAGAAACACUACAACCACUACCAAGAAGCAAUGGACCCUAGGAGCGGUGGCGGAGGCCAGGAUGUUGUGGAUCUGAUUAGCUCAGAGGUUGAGAUGGAUGACGAAGACGCCGAGGAUGAGGACGGCGAGGACUCACAUUAUUUCAAUGGAAACUCUCGUCCAGACGUACAGGCAUUCCAUAACAGGCUGCAGACUCUUGGCAGCACGCAAACUCAAAGCAAGCCAAGGGCAACCAGCAAGAGCAGCGGGGGUUCCAGAAGAUACUCCAGCGGCAAGAAGUAUCCCAGCAAGAGGUCCACAGGCGGUGUGACGAAGCGCAGGAGCACUGGUGGCAGCUCUGGUCGUAAAUCUGGCAGCUCAUCCACUGCAGCCAGAGCUUCCAGCAGUGGCUCGAGAACAAUGAAGAAAGGCGGCAUUGGGCUGAUGCCCAUGUAG